AAAAAAUUGGGCAUUAGCGAGUUAGGCCGGGUCACGAUGCUCUUGCCAAUAUUUUCCGUUCUUUGUAUUUUCCAUGGCAACUAUGCUGCCGUUAUACUUUCUGAAGAUCUGCCGUUAGUGAAUAACCGGCCGAUCAUUGGGGUACUAUCACAGGAGCAAUCAUAUUACUUACACGGGAAAUACCCUGACGAGAAUUACACAAGCUACAUUGCUGCGUCUUACGUGAAAGAUGUAGAGGCGGCCGGAGCGAGGGUGGUGCCUAUAAUGAUUGGGAAAGACCGUGCUUAUUAUGAAGACAUCUUAAGCAAAAUAAAUGGCGUGUUAUUCCCUGGAGGAGCGACGUACUUCAACCAAUCAGAUGGUUACGCCGACGCGGGCCAGCACAUUUACGAGAUAGCCCAGGAGCUGAAUGACAAUGGCGACUACUUUCCGAUUUUUGGCACGUGUCUUGGCUUCGAGCUCCUCAUCAUCAUAGAUUCUGGGCGAGGGGAGGAGGAGAACAGGAUCCGUUGCUACUCCUACAGCAAUAUUCCUUUGGAUUUCACUGAUGACUUCCGUACCAGUAAGAUGUUUAAGGACGCUCCGGUGGAGAUAAUCAAGCUGCUGGCCACAGAACAUGUCACAGUGAACGCUCAUCAGUUCUGCAUUGUAGACGACAACUUGAUCUCCCAUGGUUUGACUGAGAACUGGCGUGUAACAUCCUACUCUGAUGAUGACAACGGUGUGAAGUUUAUUGCUUCUAUUGAACACACAAGAUAUCCAUUCUAUGGCGUGCAAUUCCAUCCAGAAAAGAGCGCAUACGAGUGGAAACUUUCUAAGAACUAUCCGAGCUCGAUAAACGCAGUCAAGUCGAACAGAUAUUUCAUGGAUUUCUUUGUGAGGGAGUGCAGGAAAAAUACGCAUUCCUUCGUGAGCGCCGCCGAGGAAAACGACUAUGUCAUCUACAAUUACGAGCCCAAAUUCACCGGAGUAUUAGGAAGCGCGUAUCAUCAGUGUUACUUAUUCGAACCGAGAGGAACCACAGCAUAAGUUGUGGAAAUAUAAGCUAAUAGUUUACUAUUUAUAGUAUACUAUUACGUAAACUAAUGUGUUUUUUCUUAAUACGUUCUUCUGGAAGUCAUAAAAAGAUAUUUCUCCGACUUUUUUUCCUAUUAGUGGUAAAGAAAUGGUUUGCAUUGUCCUGCUAAGUAGAGUUCCUAGUAAAAGAGAGGUUAUGGAAACUUACGGAUAGUAGUGCGUGUAUUUUUAUUAAGUUCCCUUUUAAUUAAGUUUUGUUCACAAUUGAUUUUUUGCAUAUGCUGAGAAUAAAUAUGUAUCAAACAAAAUUCAACCGAGAGAAUGGCGAUAUUAGUUAACUUACCGAUAUUAGUUAAUUGGACCGAUAUAGAAAAUGAUUCACGGGAAAUAUCCAGUAAUAACCGGGUCAGUGGCUGGGUUUGAAUGCCUCUGAGACAGCUCUGAGUGCCAGCGGGACGCCGCGCGGUUCGCCCGGUCUGAAUUAAACAGCCCACUGUAAUAUGUACCCGAGAAUUUUUGCGCAGUGCUUUUUUUAUUUAUAAAAUAUUCGAGGUGUUUUGUGAUGUUAGAUUUGGUUUCGACAAUUGAAAUUACUAGCUUUCGGCGAAAAUUUUUUUCUCGCGAGAUGCCGAUAUCGAGAAUAGUCUAGAAAAUGGGACAUACAGGGAAGGACAUGGAAAUAUAGUACCGCGGCAGUUAAUUUAGAAAUUUAUUUUAAGAUGCGUAGAUAAACGCAAAGAACGUAAUAUUGUCUAAAUGAAAAAAAAUGUUAGCACUCGUCGAAAGUACAGUUGAAAUUGAACGCAAAUUCUUCGAUGUAAAUUCAGUUAACAGUAAGACGGCGGAACCCUCAUCCAUCCAAGUUUUCGUAAAUUUAUCUAUUUUAAGCCUUCAUUAUGGAACGCCAUUUAGCCCUUUAAAUUGUGCACCUACUAAUCCUAUACGUAUCACGUGUCCUAUAUAAUCAUAAGGAUACAUCCUUAUCUAUUUACAUAGGGCUAAAUUAAAGCAAGGUUAUACUUAUAUUUGUAUUCAGAAAUGACCUGUGAACAAUUUAUUAAAUACGUUUAUUUCACAAAAAACUUCACUAUAUAAUCAUAAAUCUUUUACCUACUCCAUAGUUAUUAUUUUACUACAAUUUGGUUUUCAAAUCGACAUGGAGAGGUUGCACGUGCUUCGGAAAAGUUCCGGGAAAAUACAAUUGAAUUGAAAGCUUCUAAAAGCCGCAAUACGACGUACAAAUUGUCCACAAAUUGCAUGAUAUUUUGAAAAGUGUAGUAGAAACUCGAUAGUGUUUACUGAUUCGUUUUUAUUCGUCAUCAUUAAGAAUAAAUUUUUGUUAAAAUUUUA